AUGUGCGACGGCGCCCUGCUGCCUCCUCUCGUCCUGCCCCUGCUGCUGCUGCUGCUCUGGGGGCUGGACUCGGGCACAGCUGUCGGCGACGCGGCCGCCGACGUGGAGGUGGUGCUGCCGCGGCGGGUGCGCCCGGACGACGUGCACCUGCUGUCGCUGCCCGGCGCCGCGGGACCCCGACGGCGGCGGCGCCCCCGCACGCCCCCCGCCGCCCCGCGCGCCCGGCCCGGGGAGCGCGCCCUGCUGCUGCACCUGCCUGCCUUCGGGCGCGACCUGUACCUGCAGCUGCGCCGGGACGUGCGCUUCCUAUCCCGAGGCUUCGAGGUGGAGGAGGCGGUCGCGACCCGGCGCGGCGGACGCCCAGCCGACCUGUGCUUCUACUCCGGCCGCGUGCUCGGCCACCCCGGCUCCCUGGUCUCGCUCAGCGCCUGCGGCGCCGCCGGCGGCCUGGUCGGCCUCAUCCAGCUGGGGCAGGAGCAGGUGCUGCUGCAGCCCCUCAACAACUCCCGGGGUCCAAUCAGCGGACGAGAACAUCUGAUCAGGCGCACAUGGUCCACCGGGGCCCAGGUACCUGGGCGGUUCUGCAAGGUACUAACAGAGAAGCAGCUGAACAGGAGCAGGCCGGCGCGGGACUGGCGGGAGCGGAGGCACGCCAUCCAGCUCAGCGAGCGCACGGUGGAGACCCUGGUGGUGGCCGACGCUGACAUGGUGCAGUACCACGGGGCCGAGGCUGCCCGGAGGUUCAUCCUCACCGUCAUGAACAUGGUGUACAACAUGUUUCAGCACCAGAGCCUUGGGAUUAAGGUCAACAUCCAGGUCACCAAGCUGGUGCUGCUGCAGCAGCGUCCGGCCAAGCUGUCCAUCGGGCACCACGGCGAGCGGUCUCUGGAGAGCUUCUGUCACUGGCAAAACGAGGAGUAUGGGGGCGCGCGCUACCUGGGCAGCAACCAGGUUCCUGGCGGGAAGGACGACACGCCCCCUGUGGACGCCGCCGUGUUUGUGACCAGGACAGACUUCUGCGUCCACAAAGACGAACCGUGCGACACCGUCGGGAUCGCGUACCUGGGAGGCGUGUGCAGCGCUAAGAGGAAGUGCGUGCUUGCCGAAGACAAUGGCCUCAACUUGGCGUUCACCAUUGCGCACGAGCUGGGCCACAACUUGGGCAUGAACCAUGACGACGAGCACACGUCCUGCGCCGGCCGCUCCCACGUCAUGUCCGGGGAGUGGGUGAAAGGCCGCAACCCCAGUGACCUCUCCUGGUCGCCCUGCAGUCGUGAGGACCUGGAAAACUUCCUCAGAUCCAAAGUCAGCGCCUGUCUGCUGGUCACGGACCCGAGGAGCCAGCACGCCGUGCGCCUCCCCCACAAGCUGCCUGGCAUGCACUACAGCGCCAACGAGCAGUGCCAGAUCCUGUUCGGCACCAACGCCACCUUCUGCAGGAACAUGGAGCACCUGAUGUGCGCCGGGCUGUGGUGUCUGGUGGAAGGAGACACAUCUUGCAAGACCAAGCUGGACCCCCCGCUGGAUGGCACCGAGUGCGGGGCAGACAAGUGGUGCCGCGCUGGGGAGUGUGUGAGCAAGACGCCCAUCCCGGAGCACGUGGACGGGGACUGGAGCCCCUGGGGCGCCUGGAGCAUGUGCAGCCGAACGUGUGGGACCGGAGCCCGCUUCCGGCAGAGGAAAUGUGACAACCCCCCCCCAGGGCCUGGAGGCACGCACUGCCCGGGCACCAGUGUGGAGCACGCGGUCUGCGAGAACUUGCCCUGCCCCAAGGGUCUGCCCAGCUUCCGGGACCAGCAGUGCCAGGCGCAUGACCGACUGAGCAGCAGGAAGAAGGGCCUGCUGACCGCAGUGGUGGUUGACGAUAAGCCGUGUGAACUCUACUGCUCGCCCCUUGGGAAGGAGUCCCCACUGCUGGUGGCCGACAGGGUCCUGGACGGCACACCCUGCGGGCCCUACGAGACCGACCUCUGCGUGCACGGCAGCUGCCAGAAAAUCGGCUGUGACGGUGUCAUCGGGUCUGCAGCCAAAGAGGACCGCUGUGGCGUCUGCAACGGGGAUGGCAAGACCUGCCGCGUGGUCAAGGGCGACUUCAGCCACUCCCGGGGCACAGGUUACAUUGAAGCUGCUGUCAUCCCGGCUGGAGCGCGGAGGAUCCGUGUGGUUGAGGAUAAGCCAGCCCACAGUUUUCUGGCUCUCAAGGACUCUGGCGAGAGAUCCAUCAACAGCGACUGGAAGAUCGAGCUGCCGGGAGAGUUCCAGAUCGCAGGCACGACAGUCCGCUACGUGCGAAGGGGCUUGUGGGAGAAGAUUUCCGCCAAGGGGCCCACCAAAACGCCGCUGCACCUGAUGGUGCUGCUGUUUCAUGACCAGAAUUACGGGAUUCAUUACGAAUACACCGUUCCUGUAAACCACACGGCUGAGAACCAGAGUGAGCCGGUGAAGGCACAGGACUCUCUGUUCAUCUGGACCCACAGUGGCUGGGAAGGGUGCAGCGUGCAGUGUGGAGGAGGGGAGCGCAGGACGGUCGUGUCGUGCACGCGGAUUGUCAACAAGACCACCACACUGGUGAAUGACAGCGACUGCCCCGCAGCGAGCCGCCCGGAGCCCCAGGUCCGGAGGUGCAACACACACCCGUGCCAGUCCCGGUGGGUGGCAGGCCCGUGGAGCUCCUGCUCGGCCACCUGUGAGAAGGGCAUCCAACAUCGGGAGGUGACCUGCGUGUACCAGCUGCAAAAUGGCACCCACGUCGCCACACGGCCCCUCUACUGCCCGGGCCCCCGGCCAUCGCCAGUGCAGAGCUGCGAAGGCCAAGACUGUCUGUCCAUCUGGGAGGCGUCAGAGUGGUCACAGUGCUCUUCCAGCUGCGGGAAAGGCACACGGAAGCGGACGGUGACGUGCACCAACUCGCAAGGCAAGUGUGACGCGUCCACGCGGCCGAGAGCCGAGGAGGCAUGCGAGGACUACUCGGGCUGCUACGAGUGGAAGACGGGGGACUGGUCCAAGUGCUCGUCCACCUGCGGGAGGGGCCUGCAGUCCCGCGUGGUGCAGUGCAUGCACAAGGUCACCGGGCGCCAUGGCAACGAGUGCACCGCCCUCUCCAAGCCGGCAGCCUACAGCCAGUGCCAGCAGGAGGUGUGCAAUGACAAGAUCAACGUGAACACCAUCACCUCGCCUCGGCUCGCUGCCCUGACCUACAAGUGCACACGGGACCAGUGGGCGGUGUACUGCCGGGUCAUCCGAGACAAGAACCUGUGCCAGGACAUGCGGUGGUACCAGCGCUGCUGCCAGACCUGCAGGGACUUCUAUGCCAACAAGAUGCGCCAGCCGCCUCCGCCACCGAGCUCCUGA